GACCCGGGCCGCGGGACUGGGCCCGGCGGGGGGCAGUCCUGAACCCCCCCACCCCCCGCGUCCUGUGGGCUCCUGUGUCCCGGUCGCCCCGCAGCCUCGCGGCUCGCCCGGCAGAGCGUUUGUUCCACGUUCCUAGUGAUUCUGUCUUGGGGGAGAAAUGGGUGGUGGAGCUCCUGCCCAGUUCAAAUGCCUCCUGCCGCUCGGGGAGGCAGCCCAGGGACCCCGAGGGCGAAUGAGUCCAGGGACCCAGGCUGCCAGCUUUGGCAACUUCAGUCUCCGGGUAGGAGGGUUCUUCCUAGGUUUCCCAGCCCAGCCCUGCUGUCAAGCCCCACUCUGCACCCCUGACAAGGCAUCCCCGCUGCCCUGGCCGCCUGGCGCAGCUCUAGAGCUCACCUCUGGGACCCGCAGCCUGCCCUCCUGCCCAGAAUGACUCACCACUAUUUCUAGAGUGUGAAGACGUGAUGGGGCGUCGGGCUGCCAGUCCAAGCAUCUAGGACUCAGCAGCCGAGCAGCCCUGUGAGGAAGAGGAAGAAGGCUCUUCCCAUCCCCGCCUGACCAGCAAGGCUGUAUCUGUGGUUCCUGGGGGCUCUGGCACCCGAGCCCAGGCCAAUGCUUCUACGUUUCCCGGGGCCCUUAGCAGCACCCUGAGCUCCCUGCCGACAGGCAGCUGGAAAGCAUAGUGGGAGGCACUUUUCUCAGUAUCCAUUAUGACAGUGGCCACUGGAGACCCGGCAGAUGAGGCGGCAGCCCUGCCAGGGCACCCACAGGACACCUAUGACCCCGAGGCAGACCACGAGUGUUGUGAGAGAGUGGUGAUCAACAUCUCGGGCCUGCGGUUUGAAACCCAGCUCAAGACCCUCGCUCAGUUCCCAGAGACCCUCCUUGGGGACCCAAAGAAGCGGAUGCGCUACUUUGACCCCCUUCGUAAUGAGUACUUCUUUGACCGGAACCGCCCCAGCUUUGAUGCCAUUUUGUACUACUACCAGUCUGGGGGCCGCCUGCGGCGUCCUGUGAAUGUGCCCUUAGACAUCUUCUCCGAAGAGAUCCGCUUCUACGAGCUGGGUGAGGAGGCCAUGGAGAUGUUUCGGGAAGACGAGGGCUACAUCAAAGAGGAGGAGCGACCUCUGCCUGAGAAUGAAUUUCAGAGACAGGUGUGGCUGCUCUUCGAGUACCCCGAGAGCUCGGGGCCGGCUAGGAUUAUAGCAAUCGUGUCUGUCAUGGUCAUCCUGAUCUCCAUCGUCAGCUUCUGCCUAGAGACACUGCCCAUCUUCCGGGAUGAGAAUGAAGACAUGCAUAGCAGUGGAGUGACAUUCCACACCUAUUCCAACAGCUCCAUGGGGUACCAGCAGUCCACAUCCUUCACUGACCCGUUCUUCAUUGUCGAGACCCUCUGCAUCAUCUGGUUCUCCUUUGAAUUCUUGGUGAGGUUCUUUGCCUGUCCCAGCAAAGCUGGCUUCUUCACCAACAUCAUGAACAUCAUUGAUAUCGUGGCCAUCAUCCCCUACUUCAUCACCCUGGGCACCGAGCUGGCUGAGAAGCCAGAAGAUGCCCAGCAGGGGCAGCAGGCCAUGUCCCUGGCCAUCCUCCGUGUCAUCCGCUUGGUAAGAGUCUUUCGGAUUUUCAAGUUGUCCAGACACUCCAAAGGUCUCCAGAUUCUAGGUCAGACCCUCAAAGCUAGCAUGAGAGAGUUGGGCCUCCUGAUCUUCUUCCUCUUCAUCGGGGUCAUCCUGUUCUCUAGUGCUGUCUAUUUCGCAGAGGCUGAUGAGCGAGAUUCCCAGUUCCCCAGCAUCCCGGAUGCCUUCUGGUGGGCAGUAGUCUCCAUGACAACUGUAGGCUAUGGAGACAUGGUUCCAACUACCAUUGGGGGAAAGAUUGUGGGUUCCUUGUGUGCAAUUGCAGGUGUAUUAACCAUUGCCUUACCGGUCCCCGUCAUUGUGUCCAAUUUCAACUAUUUCUACCAUCGGGAGACAGAGGGAGAGGAGCAGGCCCAGUACUUGCAAGUGACGAGCUGUCCAAAGAUCCCCUCCUCCCCUGACCUAAAGAAAAGUAGAAGUGCCUCUACCAUUAGUAAGUCUGAUUACAUGGAGAUCCAGGAAGGGGUAAACAACAGUAACGAGGACUUUAGAGAGGAGAACUUGAAAACAGCCAACUGUACCUUGGCUAAUACAAACUAUGUGAAUAUUACCAAAAUGUUAACGGAUGUCUGAUUGAAACCUGCUCACAUACUCACAGCCCAGUGGAACUAAUGCAGAUAUUGCAUAAUAGCCUGCAUUCUAGUCAGCGUGUUCUACAGUGUGUAUCUGGUUUUGCAUGGAAAGCAAUAGUCGUGCAAGUAACUUUUGAUCUUUUGAUUUUUGAUUUAGAACACAGAAUAUCUAUUCAUGGCUUUUAUGCAGAUCUUCAUCACUGACUUAGGGGUUUCCAAAGAGGGGAGUCACCAGUGGAGCCAGAAUUUCAGAAAGAUAGAUUGGGGCCACCUCACAUCCAGUGCAUAAACCUGCCACAUCAGUGCCACGUUCCCUUCCUAGUUCAAUGCAUACAGCACCCGGAUGUGCCUCCCGGCCACCCCCCCCACCCCCACCCCAUUUCAACCUACCACCCUGCUUCACAGAGGAAAACCUUGGUGGCUUCACACUCAAGCUCUGGUAAUAAUUACAAAAGGUCAUCCUCAUUUUUUGGGGGGGGAGCGGCAUUGAAAGGAACAAACAGUCCUGCGUGUUGAAAUUACUUUUUAUGUCACAAGGCUGGGGUUUGUGAAUUGGCGUUGCCAAGUAGCUACUCUGGAGGCUUGUGUUUCAUAACGGAAAAUGCUGCAUUGGUUUUUUUUUUUUUUUCUCUGCAGUGUCGCUGUAAGGGAAACCCAGGGGAGGGAUAGCUAGUUAAUAUGACCAAAUGUGAGUUGUCAAGUUUCACAUUGGCUUCCUUGGGCCAGUGGAGAGAAGCAAACCCACCAAGGAGCCUCUCGACUUCAGAGUUGACCAUUUCUGUGGGCUUUGGGAUCACCGAGGCCCAUGUGUCUGCUGGAGUUUACAGACCUGUUUUCCCGAGCGCUGCCACCCAGCAAAGCCGACACUGCAGUGAAAUCCCAGUGAUGUGAUUGAGCUGCAUGGGUGUUUGUUGCAUGAAUCUCAAUAUAUAAAACACAGGAGAUAACCUAUUUUUAUUAGUAGCCUACACAGUAUUCAUAUUUAGAGUAUUAAUAGCCUGGGCAGGGCACUGAACUAGGGUUUUGUUCCCCUCCACAGGAUGACAAAAGCUCUCAAUCAAAGAAAAGUCUUGGCUAUCUUGACUGGGGAAACAAAACUUCUGGCCGUCCAGCUUACCCCAUCCUUGUUCUUCCAAAUGGGCGGCACAGGCCUCUACCUAGGCAGGAGAGUGAGCAGGAAGAAUAGUGUCUAAACACCUCAUGUAAAAUGCAUCUAUGGAUGAAGCUAGACUUGGGCUUAACUGUAUAGCUGACCAGGACAUCAGGUCCUUAGAACUGGUGGAUCUGUGGAUCCAGUGUACAUAAACAAAUAUAUAUAUAUAUGUAUACAUAUAUAUAUUGCGUAUCUCUUACAUGAGUCCCUCUACCUAGCUAGCUGUAGGAAAAAAUAAUUGCAUUUGAACCUUGUAUACGCUUAUGCAAUAUUUUUGACACAGGGCAAUUUAUGCAUGUGUUUGACUAUGUGCACUAGAGUGUAUGUAUAUACAUACACAGAUAUAUAAUACCUACGUGUGUGCAUAUGUGUCUCUAUGUAUGCACACACAUACAUAUACAUAUGUAUAUUCACUCUCUGGAGUUCAGGUUCAGGGGCAAAUCCACUGCUCUGUGAGUUGGUUGUCUCAGAGGCCUCGUGAGUUCAUUGGUUUCAUGGGUAACCCUACUGGGCCUGGGUUUGCUGCCAUUGCUUCAAACACUCCAGUCUUCAUGGAUUCUAGACGUUAGAAUUGUCUUUCUGCCCUCCAUGUGCUGCAGCUUCAGUCCCCCAUAGCUGAAGCUUGUCUUACUGAGUGCACAAGGGGCCUAAGGUCCUCACAGCUCCCGCUGUCCUGGGCCAGACUCACCCCCUCAAAGCCCAGCCUCCUCUCUCCAGUGCAUCCUGUGAAUCAUCUCCAUGCUCACCUCUCCCCACCCUUCUGGGUUGGCAUCAUCAUUGAUUCUUCAUCAGUCCCUUUCCUCAGUCUUUCCCGAAAGAGCCAGCAUGGGAGGGCACCAAGGAGUAAGCUCUAGAGAACCCAUAUUCAGGGCCUGGCCUCUGUGUGGAAGCUACUGAAUGUCAAGGACUGGACAAUGAAGUUCCUAAGUCAUCCCCAAGCAUACUUUCAAGUGCCCGGCUCUAACUCUCUCCCUGUUGAACUGGCAAGCAGAGCUGUUCAAAGAGAACCAAAGAUGGGUAAAGAAACCUUCCUUGGCCCAGAGCAGGCUCAGAGUGGAUGAGCAACGCACAGUCUAAAGGUAGAGGGCAGGCUGGCCCUGGAAGGGAACGCGGAGGGGAAGCAUUUGCCUCACAAACUGGGUUUUGCCUUUCAGUGAAAUAGCUAAAAUUUCACUUCCCUUCCCCCUACCCCCACCCCAACACAGAGUUUCCCAGUGAUUACUCCAGCCCUACCCUCACUGUUGGCCAUUUAGCACCUACAGUUACCUUGUGGGGUGGGGCACCAAUCAAGGUGCUAAGGCCCAGGUGCCGAUUAAUACCUGGUCACCCACAUCCCCUAUGUCUGCAGGGCAUCCCGGCCCAGCGCAAAGCCUCUCGGUUUCUCUUCCUCUCCUUCAUGGAAAGUGGUGCUGAAUUUCCAAGACAUGGGGAGGAAGACACAGGCCUUUGGAAAAUUGAUAGCAAAACACUCUACUCAAAGGGUAGACAGUUUAUUUCAGUGUCUUGAUCUGAGCCUAGAAAAUGUUCACAGGCAUGCCUGCAUGUAUUACUACCACAAAAUAGAUACUCUGUCACCAUGCACCAAUAUCAAAUAUGCAGCACAUAGAUAAAGUACACAAGAGACCAACUUAAUGAGAUGGGCAUGCCAAGACAACAGAUAAUUAUACCUAUAUCCAAAAUAUGCAUGUUCAACUCAGAACGUACACAGAGAACUACCUACACCAUGUGCAUAGAGGCAGUCUGCCAUCAGAUACAAAUACACAGACCUACAUGGACAUAAUGUGGUACACAACUCCAUGGAUGCAUUUAUACCAUGGACAUAAAUACAAAAAAAAGAUGCAGAUAUUUUACUGUUGUUUCUGCAUACAAAAUAGAAUAAGUUCAAUGUGUUAAUGCAAGGCACACAAGAAACCUUCAUUCGUAGAAGUAACACAGUGCACCACACAUGCCCAAAAACAGUCUUGAUACCCAUGCAGUGCAUACUCACACUCAGGUUCAUUGCUCUGUCCCCAGAGCUGUGAAGGAGCAGGUAGUAGGUAAAGGUUCUAUUGUGCUACCUUUUCCUAGCCUGCAUCCAUUUCUCUCAAUACUCUCCGGGGAGAUUCCUUUUCUAGUCUCUUCUUUCAUCCCCCGGAUUUCAGAGAAAUAGACCCUCCUGUCCCCAAGGUUUAAAGCAGAAAUAUGGGCUCUCGGUGAAAAGCAGAUCUCCAAUUAAUAUUGGCAUUUCAUGGCCUUUCAACCUGUCCACCUUCCUCCACCAGAAGAAGCACCUGGGACAGCUGGCAGCCCGUGUGUGUGUGUGUGUGUGUGUGUGUGUGUGUGUGUGUGUGCGCACACACACCUCACCUUGGCAUACCCUUUCCUUUGAAGGGAAGGGUAUCUCUACAACCCCAUAGCUCAGGGUCCUCUGGGUCUUUAGAUUCAGCCUUGUUUCCUUGCAAUUCUUGAAAUCAGUGAUGAUUCCAACACUUGGGAUCCUGAACUCAGAACCAGAAUGAAGUAAUCCCCUAAUGUUUUUUUGGUCUGCAGACCUGAUUGUGCCUCUCUCCCCCCAAGGCUGGCUGGCUCAGAAAGCCCAGAUCAGAUAUAGACUUGUCUUUGGGACCAGCCACCACUUACUGUGGCAUUUCACUUCCUCAUGGGAAUUGGCCUAGUGGGAUCAACCCUGUGUCCUCUCUGUGGUUGUUCAAUUUCAGGCCUCCUCUGUUUCUCCAGCCUCCCAUCCUGUCACUGUGCUUUGAGGAAACACACUGCAGUUCAUCAGUUCAGCUAAACUGAAAUAUGAUUAAGGACAUAAACCUCAGUGCUCAGCAAGUUGAUAGAAGUCUUUGAGAGGCUGACUUUUAGCCUGUAUUUGAAGACCAGAUUUCCAGGCCUGGUCAGAGUACCUGGCCUGGAAGAGCUUCUGGGUGGCCCCCAGAGCUGGAUCAGCCCACUAGGGCCAGUGAGAGCUCAUGUUUGGCAAAGAUGUUGCCUCCAAUUAAGUGAGGACUUGAAGUCAGGUUUGCCAUUAGGUUUUGAGGCUGUCACUCCUGUGGCCAUUCCAGGUGUGUAUACCCCUCCCUCCCAAGGUGACUCGAUGUUCCUGGAGUGAUAGCCACGGUAGGGAAUGAACAUGGAAUGUGGGCCUUUCUGGAAUUUCCAGAUCAAGGCACCAAAGUUCCCUUUAGCCUCAGCAAAAGCCCCCAAAGGCUCAAACUUUCAAGAAGGUUGGGAUUUUCUGGAAGCUAAAAGAGGUCCAUGGAAAAAAUAUGGGGGAGAUUGUAAGGAGGAGAGCAUAAGUGAACGGGUCAAGUUUCAGAUGCUUUUCAGGAGCCCACAUUUAAUCAGGUCAUAAUAAAAGUCCCGUGCUUCCUGAUGCAUGGGUGGCAUCCACACUCCCUCCCUUCCCCUCUGGUUCUCUCUGUCCAUCUGAUGUGGGGCAGGCAUGUCACCAGAAGGAGCACUUUCCCAAGGUACCCCAAGAGGAUGUACCUGAAGGCUUCUCUAGCACUACUGACUUGAGUGUCCAGCCUAGGUGUCAUGUGUCUCAUCCUUUCUGCUCGGGAUCCUACCUGGAUCCCUCACUCCACUGUAGUGAAGUCUUUGGCCAACUUGCCUUCAUGGUCAUCUGUGAAAUAGAAAUGCCGGUGGAGUGAACCUAGUGUCGUCUGAAAUCUCCGGCUAGGGCUUCAGUGCUGUCCAAUGGAGAGGAGAGAAAGGCUGGCCUUCCCACAAGAAUACCUGGGACAGCUUGGAAAUUUCAUAAGUGGGUGGCACCCCUGGGCAGCAGAAGCCCGUGCUUUUAAUAAUUGUCCCAGGAAUGGGAAUAGCAGCAGAGUCCAGCUCCACCUCUCCAGGGGUCCACUGUUCUAACAGACCUUCUCUGGGCUGGUCCACAUAAGCUGCAGGGUGCUCCCGGAUGCCACAUGGAGUCUCCUCUAGCCUGGUAGUGCCCAGGACCUUAACCUCAGUAACUUCAUUAGCUGCCUGAGUCAAGUGGUGGCCACAGAGUGGAGGGAAAUGACCCCAUGUGGGCCUUCGUAUCAGGGUUGUUUACAGUUUUUCCACAUAAGACCCCUUUUCAUCAAAGAAAUUGUCACACAGGCCUGGGUGUGUCUAUAAUUAGGAUGCAUAACAAACAUUGACUCAUCAUAAAUCAUAAUUGAUUUUAAAACAAAGCUUUUGCAAAGCCCUUCUGUGGGGUGGCACCCUCAGUAUAAGAAGUCAGGCACACUCCUCGCACUGGGCCCUUGUUUACUCAGGGUCUGUGCCCCAAGUCACAAGGGGCUAGAAGCAGAUGGGAGUGGAAAAUGUUCUAUAAGGUAUGGUGGUUCUCUUUGCCAAACCAAUCUAGUUUCCUUCUCCCGGCUUUUUUUUUUUUUUUGGAGGGAUGGGAGUGGUGGUGUUGGGCCACACUUGGCAGUGCUCAGGGAUGACUCCUGGCUCUGUGCUCAGGGAUCACUCCUGGCAGGGAUAGGGGGACUAUAUGGGGUUCCAGGGAUCAAACCCAGAUCAGCCGCAUGCAAGGCAAGUGCCCUCCCCACUAUACUAUCGCUCCAGCCCACCUUCUCCCAGCUUUCAGCUUCCUGUUCCUCCACAGCUCACUCCAUCUCUCAUAGUUUGUGUUUGAAUAUUUUUUAAGAGGAAAAGUGCAAUAACAUAAAUAGUGACUGUUUUCUUUAGCAAUAGCUAUUUCAAAAAUCUUGUUCUCAGGACUGAAAAGGGAUAGUACCUGGCUUCUCAGAUAAUGCCCUUGGCCUCUGGGCAUUAGGUCACUGUCUCUGUAGUUCCCUCAACUUGACCCUAGUUCCCAUGACUCUGGUCUUCUGAGACACUGACCUUCCUUCUGGAAUAGACACCCCAGGGGUAUCUAUGGAGGCUGGGAAGGCCCUUGAGAAGCCUCUUUGUCACACCUUGCUUUUGUCUCCUUAGGCAUCUCUAUCCUUCUCUCCCUCCAUCCAUUCAUCCGUUUGCCCAUUUGCUCUCACACAGCAUUCACACAACCUCUGGACAUGGAAACCUUGAGUUUGUGCAUCUCGAUGACUUUUAGUCAAUCUGGCAGGGUGUAAUGGAAGCCUACAGGAAAGCGCUUACAAGUAGAUAAGAAUAAAGCAUCCUGAGCCAUUACAGAAGAUCAUUUCCAUGCACUAAAAGCCAUUACUUGAUCCAUUUGUUUCCCUUCCUCCCCUCCCUGGGGAGAUGGAUGUUGGGGCAAUGUGGCCUGAAAGUUUGCACCUGGGAUCAGUAGCCUGGCAGACUUGGGGAUUUGCCCUUGACUGUUCUUCAGAAUAAGCUGACUUGCUUAACCAAAGGGACUCCAGAGGGAGCAUCAAGGAGGGAACCACCAUUUUGUAAGUAGAUGUCUUUAGGGAUAGACAUUUGAGUGGUUAGGGCAUAGCAUGAGGGAAAUAAAGUUCCCACUCUGGUAUGCAGUUGCACAAACAUAUAAAAGUGUACACAUAACUAGUCUCCUUUCCUGAAAACUGUGUGGUGGCUCAGACUCAGACUGGACAGUCAGGGAAGGCUGAAUCCCAGGGUCCCCUUCCAUUCCUUUUCAGUGUACCUUGCUCUCUACAGGAGUGUACAGCAAAACCUCAGUUAACUGACGGGGAAAUCCUCAGGGAAGGAAGCAUUUGGUUGCUUUACAAUCAUGGGUAUUUGAAUGGGAAUGAGAAAAUGUGUUUUGGUUCAACCUUUAUACUAAAAAAAAUUCUAAGUAGGUUAGUAUAAACUUUCCUGCCUUAGUAAGUGGUUUGUUUGACAGAAGACCUUGUAUCACUCAGGGUCAACACUCCAAACCUCAGUUCUCAGUAUACAGAAAAGCAGAUGGAGAAGACCAAAGAGAUGGGCUGAAUGUAUACUGGCUACAGACAGACCCGAAAGUUGACCAUUAGGGCGCAUUCUGCCUCCUCAGAUAAUGCCCGUUGCUGUCAUUAGCUGCUUUCUACUGGAAGUACAAGAAGACAACAUAAUUUUCAUUAACUGAGGUUUGGGCUCAUUGGUCCUGAGUUACCAGAGGUUUUCCAUAUAUACAUAUAUCUGUGUGUAUAUAUAUGUAUAUGUAUAUAUAUGUAUAGUAUAUGUAUAUAUAUAUGUACACUACUGUUUCAAAAGGAUACAGUUAUACAGUGACCAAUUCCCUUAGCUUCAGUAUUGUGAAAUAAAUUUGGAAAUUCAAGAAAUAAAACGCAUCUAUUGAAUUGUUUUUAAAUGACCUUCCUUUGCAUUCUUACCACCCAUCCAGUUCAGUUCCUUUCUUCUGCAGAGGGACCUCUCUAGAAGGUGGUCCUCGAUUAACAAAAGCUGGAGUUCCAAGGAUCACCUCUCUCUUUUCCCUCCCAGGUGCUGCCUAACUCCAGGAUAAAAGGAAAAUCAGGUCUAGGCAGUGCUUUAGCCUUUGUACUGUCUGCCCCUGGCUGGAUGUAACCUCAUCACUGAGCCCCAGAAAAGUUUUUCCCAACUUUGUAACUGUAGGUGGAGUAGGAAGCUGACUGUAAGACCUAGCUGCAGCGUGAUCUGUUGAGGGUUUUUUUUUUCCUCCUUGUUAUUGGCGGUGUCUAAGGUUGGAAUUUUUUGAGGAAGUUCAAAUGGUCCUUCUUAAAAAAGUGAAUGGUGCCUGCCUGGUACAGGGAGAGAUGAGUGGCAGCCAGUGAAAGGGACAAGCCCGGCAAUGGUGGAUUCUGACCUAAUCUCAGCCCAAAAGGCUCAGAGCUGCUGCCAUCUGGUUGCCUCUUGGGAGAAACAGUUGAGUCUGAGCUAAAACAUACUCUCAGUCUCCCUUUUUCUGAGCAGGCCAAAGCUCGCCCACUGGGAGAGCUUCCUAGCCUCACUUCCUACCUUUGACCGGGUGCCUUUCAGGAAGGAAAAGACUGAUUUCUCACUGGUAUUUGGAGGGGCUGCUGGUGGAAGGAGGGUUGCCUGCCAUCACCCACCACCCCCAACAGUCCUCCAUGCUGACUAAGCCAGCAGCUCCUAAGAUGCCCAUAAACCCAACUUAGAGUGGCCGGCUGGAGGGGGGUGCGAAGUUGGAGAGCCUGUCAGGAUGGACGUAUCUGGCACGGCAUGACCUCAGCGUGGCAGCAGGUCUAACUGUCUGUGCUUCUCUGCACUCCUAAAAUAGUCUAAUAUGUUCCAGACAAGUUUGCAGCUGAAGCGCGCUUUAUUCCACUGACGGAUGCACGGGGCAGGUGUGGUUACGUAAGCGCAACGGACAGAAACGUGAGGCAGUGAGGAUGUGGUUGCGAAUCAGGACUGUAGGCAACUCCUCAGAGGGCAGAGUAUCCAGCCCCUGUGUCUCUUCCAUCCUCAGGAGACAUUUCUAAGCUCUGCCUCUUCUUAAAAAGGGUUUCCUAGAGACUGACUACCUUGUUUGUGUGAGUGUAUAAACAUUCUCUCUGGUACAGAAAGCAGCAGGGAGGCGGGGGCUGGGAGCAUGGGAGUACUUAGGGACCCACCCUUGCUCCCAAUUUCUAUGUCAGCUACUCGCUUCCCCACCCCCACCCCCAGCAGGUGAAGGGAAGGGCAAGGUCAGUGUCCUACCAGGUUGCACUGGACAGGUGCAAGCAGCCACAGGCUGAGCAACGGGAGAGAAAAGCAAGAAAGGGCAGCCUGGCUGCCCUGGCGAGGGCAACUCUCAGCUUUGGAGCUCUGGACAUGCUCUGUGGCUGCCCCAGUUCUGCCUUCACGUGGGAUCCAGCGACCCAGUUUCCUUUUGUUGUCGUGCUUGGAUGAUUCCUUCAUUUCGAAGGCCUCAGGAAGCUGGAGAGUCCCAUGAUUGAGCUGCAGCCCUGCUGAGAAAACAGCGUCCUCGCCAAAUGGGCCUCUGCCUGGGUUUCUGCAUCCCUGUAGCCCUCACUUUGCUAAGGGUAAUCUUGGAACAGUUGGGAUUAAUGGUGCCAGCAAUCCAGGAGAACUCUCUUUAGCAUCACAGACGCAGCUGUCCAGCCUGUGAGUGCAGGAGGCUGUUUCCUUGUCAACACCCGUGUGCUUAUGUGCUUACAAAGCCUGUCUCUGAGGAGUUUAUGUAUCUCACAGACACAGACACACACACACACACACACACAGAGUGUGGAAAUGGCUGCUCGGUAGGCUUAAGCAGCACAGACUCUCAUUAGGGUUCACCCUGGCUUCCUCGUUGCUCAUGCAUGACUGCGGCUGCCUUCCCACACCCUACUAAUUGUCUCUAAUAAUUGCCGAAAACUCCAAAGAAGAGAGGCAGAUAAAUAGGCCUCCAUGGGAUCAAUAAGAGAAGGAAUUCCAAGGUUGAUGGUAAAGCUUCAUAAGGGUGAUGCUGAAAGGGAACCGGGGUCUCCAUGGUGAUCAGGGGCCGGGGACCAAUGGGAGCUGGAGGCGGAGCAGGGCUGGGGGGAAACUCAUGGGAGUUGGGAGUCACUUAACUAUUUGUUUGCUUCAUGAAAAUGUAGACACCAGCUGUAACCACAUUGCACAGGAUGUAUAGAUAGUAUCAUUCUUGCUGACAUAUUCUGGAAGCUUUCAGCCCCACCAACACUGCCCCGCCCAGGACUUCUGCAGCUGAGAGUUCCUGUGUCAGUAGGGUCUGAUAUUUGUACAUAGGUUAUACAUAUAUGUGUACAUAUGUGCCUCAAUGAAUAUUGCCUGUCCACCUGACCAUGGGUGUACAUAGACUUCAUAGAGCUCCACCACCUUUUGUAAAUACCGACACAAGUAAAUACGUAUAUAAAUAUAUAUUACUGAGGAUUUAUUUUAACAUCGUUCUGUGUGAAAUGAAAAACAUAAAUAAAAUUUUUGACAGACACUA